GUUUGCUGUUAGCGGGGCGGGUAAGCUUUUUAGCAAAGAAAGGAAGCGAGCCCAGCGGCGACGGCGGUUGCAGGGCACGUCGUUCUUUCUCGACCAUGGCCUCGUCCGAACUGGCCCAAAAGUUGCAGAGGCGACUACUUCGAGACGGCAGCACCUCGGAGGCGCCUCCUGCAGAAGAGGAAGACAGCCUUGCCCCUGAGCCGGCCGGCUCCGAAACGAGCCCCGAGGACCCGGCCGACGAUCCGGCCGAAGACCGCGAUGCGCUGAAUGCCGCCGCUGACCCGGAGCUGAGCGCCAAGCUGACUCGCCGGCAGGACAUCAACGCGGGCGCGGCACAGCCCCGCCUCGCCCAGGUCUUCAAUCCCUACACUGAGUUUAAAGAGUUCACUCGUCGGCAGAUCAAGGAUAUGGAGCGCUUAUUUAGACUGUAUGACUCUGGAAAGGAUGGAUACAUUGACCUGAUGGAAUUGAAGCUGAUGAUGGAGAAACUUGGUGCACCUCAGACACAUUUGGGUCUGAAGAAUAUGAUCAAGGAAGUGGAUGAAGACUUUGAUGGCAAGCUCAGUUUCCGUGAGUUUCUUCUGAUUUUCCAUAAAGCUGCAGCUGGAGAACUUGAAGAAGACAGUGGAUUGAUGGCUUUAGCAAAGCUUUCUGAAAUAGACGUGGCUCUUGAAGGAGUAAAAGGAGCCAAAAACUUUUUUGAAGCAAAGGUUCAAGCUUUGUCUUCAUCAAGCAAGUUUGAAGCAGAAAUAAAAGCAGAACAAGAUGAGCGAAAGCGUGAGGAAGAGGAAAGACGGCACCGCAGAGCAGCCUUCCGAGAACUCAAGUCAGCAUUUAGUCAGUAGUGGAAGCAAUCAGUCACCAGAAAUUGGUGUACAUCCUUAAAAGCUUUGUCUGUGAUUAGACAUCUACCUAAAUGGAAACAGAAGUGUUAUGAUGCCUCUUUUUCUUUCUUUUUUCUUUUUCCUUUUUGAAGCUCCUGUUUAGGUGCUGGAGGAUGUGCCACCAAUGGUAGCAUUCAGAAAUUGCAAAUGCUAGAUGUAAUUCCAAUAGGCCUUAUACUCUAAUAAUAGUUGCUUAGAAGAAUUAAAUGUCCUAAUAAUGAAGUCCCAUUGGCAGAUGCCAAAACUCCUCAUAAAUAAAUUGAAUACUGGCAAUUUCAUUUUUUUUGUCAUUCUAAACAAUCCUGCUUCAAACGUUAUAAAAUAUUCUUCAGAAUUCCUUUCUACAUAAUGCUUGGCUCUGCUUUACUUUCACAAUAAGACCUUGUUUCUCAGAUAAGCUGAAAUGCUUUAAUUCCAAGAACUCUGUAUAUUAGGAAACUGAGCUGAUGGUGGUGCUGGGGAGGAUGGGAUAAAGGAAAUUUCUAGUUAUUAGAUUUUUGCUGCAGUCCAAAUAUAUUCUUAUCUAAAUGACGGUUAUGUUUUUUUCAUUCUGCUGAUUCAAGUUCUCCCCCAAGUUAGACUUAAAUACCUCUCAAUUUUUCCAUGACAGUCAUGAGAAAAUGUUUAAGGGACACCACAGGCUACAGCUGGAAAGAGGAGACAGGAAAUCCAAACUGCACAAGCGAAAUUCUCUGUAUAUUUUUCUGAAUCCAAGCUGCUAUUUAAGAGUGCUGAAUACAUAUCAAGAAUACAAUAUUCACCCUUCAGUUUUUCCUCUUUUCUCUGUAACAAAGCAAGGAACCGUUUUGAUCUUAGAUCUUCUGCCUUACUUAGUUCUGUACUUUUGUGGUCACAUUCGUUUAUAUGAUUUGCAUGGGGACCAGAACCUUUUUUUCCUUUUUGUGUAUUUUAGUCAUUGAGUUUUAACAAGUAACGAAAUUUCUAUCUGUAAGAGAUUAAGGGAGCAGUAUAAUUUAGGACACAUUAGCUUUCCACUCUGGAAAUCC